AUGGAUCUUCUCCGAGCCUACUCUGAUCAAAACGACGAAGAAUUGAACGAGCCAGAGCAGCAAAACCAAAACCCUAGUUCAACAACAUCGUCCCCAGACGCUUCACCGCCUCGGCUCCUCCCCGCCAAGUCCGCCGCGCCCAAUGUCGACGACACGAUGCUGGCCCUGACGGUGGCUGAUGGCCAACGGUCUUUGAGUCGGCCAAUUGACCCGACCCAACACAUCGUCGGCUUCAACCCCACCUACGACCAACUAUGGGCCCCAAUCUACGGCCCAUCUCAUCCCUAUGCCAAGGACGGCAUCGCCCAGGGCAUGCGUAACCACAAGCUCGGCUUCGUUGAGGACGCCUCUAUUGAACCCUUCGUCUUCGAUGAGCAGUACAAUACUUUUCACAAGUAUGGCUACGCGGCCGACCCGUCAGCCUCUGCUGGGUAUAAUUACGUUGGUGAUUUUGAGGCCUUGCAGAAGAAUGAUGCCGUUUCGGUAUAUAACAUACCCCAGCACGAGCAGAAGAAGCGGAAGAUAGAAAAGAGGAAGGAAUUAGAGGAAGAUGAGGGUGUGGAUGACGAUAUGGACCCAGAGGAGGUCCAAAAUCCGGCCAGUGAUGUGUGGUUGAUGAAGAAUAAGAAGAGCCCAUGGGCAGGCAAGAAGGACGGUCCGCCAACGGAGCUCACAGAGGAGCAGAAGAAGUAUGCCGAGGAGUAUGCGAAGAAGAAAGGUGAAGAGAGAGGUGGUGGUGAUAAGGGUGAGGUUGUGGUUGAAAAAAACUACAUUUCAUGGGAAAGAAGAGAGGGAUUAUCAGGGUUGGUGCACACUUGGAGUGGACACACAAAGGGUGUAUCUGCUAUUAGAUUCUUCCCUAAUUACGGGCAUUUGAUUCUCUCUGCUGGGAUGGAUACCAAGGUGAAAAUUUGGGAUGUUUUCAAUACUGGUAAGUGUAUGAGAACUUACAUGGGUCAUUCCAAGGCAGUUCGGGAUAUAUGUUUCAAUAAUGAUGGGAGUAAAUUUCUGACUGCUAGUUAUGAUAAGAAUAUUAAGUACUGGGAUACAGAAACCGGGCAAGUGAUAUCUACAUUCUCGACCGGGAAGGUUCCAUAUGUGGUUAAGCUUAACCCGGAUGAGGAUAAGCAGAAUGUGUUGUUAGCUGGGAUGAGUGAUAAGAAGAUUGUUCAGUGGGAUAUGAACGAGGGAAAGAUCAAUCAAGAGUAUGAUCAACAUUUGGGUGCUGUGAAUACGAUUACAUUUGUUGAUAAUAACCGGAGGUUUGUUACUUCCAGUGAUGACAAAUCGCUUCGAGUAUGGGAGUUUGGGAUCCCUGUGGUUAUUAAGUAUAUUAGUGAGCCUCACAUGCAUUCUAUGCCAUCAAUUUCACUGCAUCCCAAUUCAAAUUGGCUUGCAGCACAAAGUAUGGACAAUCAGAUUCUGAUUUAUAGCACUAGAGAGAAGUUUCAGCUGAAUAAGAAGAAGAGGUUUGCCGGGCAUGUCGUUGCUGGGUAUGCUUGCCAAGUCAAUUUCUCACCAGAUGGACGGUUUGUUAUGUCAGGUGAUGGUGAAGGUCGAUGCUGGUUUUGGGAUUGGAAGACAUGCAAAGUCUUCAGAACUCUCAAAUGUCAUGAGGGGGUAUGCAUUGGGGCUGCGUGGCAUCCCUUGGAGCAGAGUAAAGUUGCAACAUGCGGCUGGGAUGGCUUGAUUAAGUAUUGUGUUUAG